AUGGCGCGUCGAACAACAAAUCGAAAGCAGCAGGUGAACGUUCUAAAGCAAGCUUGGGAAUGGGCUAAUUGCACAGAGCCUGAAAAUAUUACAAGGGAAAAUGUUGAGAGCGCUUAUAGGAUAAUGGCGACUGGUUGUGUGCAGGGUAAUUGCAGGUAACGGCCAUUUCUAACAAUAUUUAAAUUCUAACUUUAUUCAAUCAAUUCUUGAUCCAUUCAGUGAAACUUACCAUCUGAUGAUAUUAUGAUCGAUUUCAUUCGAAUAAGUCUUGUGCUUUUGAUAAGGUCUUCCAGUCGGAUUUUAGUCUGGAGUAAAAAAACUCCCAGAUAACAUCAGAUCUUUCCAUUCAAAGUUAUUUAUAUAAGCUUAUGGGCAUGUUGAGAAAAUAUUUAUGGCGUACUAUUGACAGCUCUUGUAGAUUUCAUGAAUAGGAGCUAAAUUAAAGUCUAGGUUAUUCGUAUGUGCUAAAUGUUUUACCCAUAUAAGAUGAUCAACACUGAAAGCUUAGGGAGCAUUUUACUUUUGAAUGACUUUCAUAAAUAUUUGUUUUGUUUUUAAAGGUUAAUGAUAAUAUAUUGAACGUGUACAUGGAAUAACUUCCUAUUAGUAGUUCCUGGUUUAAGAUCAACAAGCUUAACAUUCUACGAAAAUUGAAAGGGUCUAUCAAAAGUCAUGUAUAAUCCAGGUACCCUUUAUUAUUGGACCUUUCACUCCUAUAGUGGGAAAAGAAAAAAUAAAACCACAAACAAAAUUCAAAAUUUUAAAAAAGUCUUUUUGAAGAAUCUGAAGAAAUAAAUAUUACUACACAAAAGAUGUGUUAAAGAGAUUUAAUUUGAAUAAACACCACAUAAUUUCAUCCACAAACCCAAAAGAUAUAACUACAUACUAAAAAAAUAGUACCAUGUGAAAGAACUGCUGAAGAGGUUUGAUUUGAAUGGUAACACCAUAGGAUUUCAUCCACAAACUCAAAAGGUAGAACUACAUACUAAAUAAAUAGUACCAUGUGAAGGUACUGGGGAAGAGGUUUCAUUUCAGUGGCAACACAAAAGGAUUUUGUCAACAGAUUUAUAAGUUAUAAAGUAACAAAAUAAUUAUCUUGCCCUGACACAUUCUAGCAGUGAAAAAAUAAAUUACAAGUAGUCAGAAUAGAAAAGAUAAUAAAUAGUUAAUUAAUAUUAAAUUUAAAAUGAGCAUACAACUUGGAAGGAGUGACUGUGGCGGGGAAAUCUCCGAGAAGCAAAGCUUAUGAGGAAUAGAGAUUUUCCCCCACGGGCAAUUUAAAUACUAGGCGGCAUUUAAAAAUAUAGAAAAAAAGAUGUGUAUUUUAAGUAUAUAAGUGUGCUUAGAGAAAAAAAUGGAUAUAUAAAGACAUAGUGUUAAGGUAUUUAGGUUGUAUCUUGUCUGACCCCUAAAAAUGGUUUGAUCACACGCUUGAAUAUAUUAAAAGCUGGGGCGUUUUUGAUGUUGCUUGGUAAUGAAUUCCAUAUUCUAGGACCUUGAAACAGGAUCGAAAAUUUUUUGAUAUUUAUUUAUAGAUUUUUAUUGACCUUUUUGCUUCUCAGGAGGAACUGCAAAGCCAACCCAAACUGCUUUAAUUGCCUUGGAGAAAGAUUUUGGCUCGGUGAAAUUAAAGGUAGUGGUUCAUUCAGAUUCUCAAUCAUUUAUCAAGUAAUUUUAUUUUGUAAAGUUCUUCAGUUUACAUAGUCAAAAAUAUGGAAUUUGUUAGCAAAAAGUCUUCUUGGUAAAGCAGAUGGAAUCUGUUCUGUCAACUGCCAUGUGUGAACAUCUUUCAUAACUACACUAUACAACCUACAACUUUAAAAAAAGCCUCAUUCUUCUAUUAUUCAUUGUUGAUAGAAAUCUGCUCAGUGUUCGACACUAAUGCUAAUUCACUAGUCCAGGAAACUUCAAGCUGGGCUAGUAAAAACGUGCUCUUACCAGCCCCUACACCAGUUAGUUUACUGGACAAAAUAAAUUUUCAGAUCAAUUUAGGUGUUUGGGAAACUGCCCAUCUACCCCUCCCUUAAGUCAACAUUAACACUAGUCUUACUUCUCACUUGGGGCAAAAUGUUGAGUUAGGGGAGGGGUAGGUAGGCAGUUUCCCAGAAACCUAAAUUGAUCUAAAUUUUCUACAACUCUGUAACUUUGAAAGUUCGUUUUCUAAAAUGCUUCAUCAGUAUUCAGUUUCUAUAGCUUCAGUGGUAAAUGUAAAUCAAAUUAUACGAUUGACUCGCAAAACAGAUGCCAUGUUGGAAAUGAGAAUAGCCCAUUUUCAAGUUCGCAAUGACCGCUGAAUUAAAGAAGGGAAGACGCAUUUUUUACAGCCUUAGCCUCCAUCUGAAGUAAUAUAUUCACAAAUUCCAACAAGAAAAAGACCUGUUUAUUACCAUCUAUUGUGUAUAUUCAAAUUUCAAACACUUACUUGCCAGAAUUCUGAAUAUUUUACUUUAUGUCGAGGCUAACCCUGUAUGAAUGUCUUGUUAAUGUUUGUAUUCAGCAGUGAUUUUUAAUUCAAAACUGGACAUUUGAAAUGUCCUCUCUUCCAUGUCAGUCAAAAAAGUAGGGACGCGGGUUAGAGCCAUCAUAGCAGAAUGCAAGAAUGGCACCGCAAAAAUGAAGAAGAUUUUAAGCUUUUUCAACAAGUUAUAGACAAGAAAGCAUCAUUCAAUGGCCAAUGAUUCUUUUUUUUUGACCAGUGACUUGUUCUUGUGGGCUAGUGAUUUAUUUCACUUACUAGCCCGUUGGCUAGUGUCCAAAAAUGUUAGUGUCGAGCAAUGCUGCUUUUGGAAGUUCUAAUAAAGAGAGGCUUUGAUUGAUUUUGAAUCGAUUGGGAUGUCGUAAAUUUUUUACCAGUCAUUGGAGGGAAGGGGGAAUUCAAAUUUUUACAGUUAAGUGAGAGAAACUACUGUAUGCUAACUGAGAGAGUAAUUAUAGAAUUUAUAUACUCAUUGAUGAGAGAUUUUAUUUAGAAAUCAUAUCUCUUAUCAGCACCAAAAACUCUUUUAAUUCUCAUUGUCAUUCACAUUACUGUGAACAACAUUAUAAAUGAUUACCUAAUGGUGAAUUAACCAUGUAAAUAGUGAAAUGUUCUGUUCGACAAAUUUUCAUUCCCUCCCCCACCCCUUUGUAAAUCUACUUCAGCUUGACACUUUAGUUUUCAACUUUAUUUCCAAUGAUUCCAGCGCCGUAGCUAGUAUGAGGCCAACUGAAGCACUCGCCUCGGUAAAAUUUUGACGAAUUUCGCCGAUCAUUUUUAUUUUACAUAAGCGAUCAUCGGAUAUUUUUAACGCAUCAUGAUAUUACAAAGAAUUCAGCAAUUCAGUCAAUAUACUAUGAAAAAAUUACCAUAUCAUCGAUCUCAAGGGGCUACGUACGUUAACUCAAAUUUUUUUUGAACAAAUACUGAUCAAAACCAUCGGCGAGGUUAAUGGUCACCCAGAUUAUGUAGCUUGUUUCUGAUUAUUGCUUUUUAAAUUCCACUUAAAUUUACUCGAAAAAAAGUUACCGAAAGGCCCAGAAAACGCUGCAAAUCGCAUUUCCGAGAGACUAAAGUUCAAAAUUUCUCGGGGGGCAUGCCCGAACCCCUAGCAACUCCCGCCUGCCUCGGUUGGCCGUUUGGUCUGGCUACGGCACUGGAUUCUCAUUGGGAAUGGAGGAGGAGGGUGUGCGGUGACUUGAGUGAAAGGGGUAUCUUCUGCAACCAAAUAAUAGCACAAAAGAUUUUGUGAACAAAUGUGCAAAAGCUAAAAAUAGUUAUAAUAGGUGACUGCAGUGUACAGUGUACAUUGAUGACACAAUCAUUUUUACCUUCUGACUCUUGUCCUUUACCACCCCAGUAGCCCUACCCAUAUUUUUUCAACUCCUCACCCAAGAAAUGUUUAUCUUAUUUUUUUUUUUAGGGAGGCUAUUCACACACUACAACAUUAAAUGGGCAAAAGGGGUUUUAUUACAACCAAAGUAAAUAGAGAAGACAAGUGAUGAUCCCACAUAAACUAAAACUGGGAAUUUUUUAGGUUGGUUCGCAAGUCCAGAAAGAAAAAAAACAAAACCCUUGCUAAAAAUCAGCCAGUUAGUGAAAAUUGGUGGGGUGAUUUUUGCAAUUUUUUUCCAAUGAUUCUUUACAAAUCCUUCUAGAAUGGGCCUUGAUCAUAAAUGUUAUAAUCCAAGCCAAUUGAUAAUCUUAAACCUUGGGUUAAAUAUGCAGAGCUGUCGUUAAGGGCUGAGGUGCAAAUUUCUGUUACAGGGCGAGGUCAAGAUGAAAUUUAGGAAUAAAUUUGUGAACCUAGGUUGAUUUUCCAUUUUUUUUUGUCUCUAAGCCCUGAGAAUUAACCUAUAUUACAUAUGUACUUUAAAUGCCCUGCUUCCAUCUGUCAUUCUGUCAUGUGCAAAAAAUAAUUCAACAUACUGUUUUUCUUUUUAAUUUUACUUUAUUUACACGAAAAAAAAAACGUGUAUCUUCCAUCAAUGGUCCCAAAAAACUCACCUUGAUCUGAAUCUGUCAUUAUUUCCUCUCUUCCAACUAAAUACAAUACUCGUCACAAAUCGUUGAAACAGGAGCCAUUUGUCUUGAAUUUUCUCCAAAUUUCUUACAUUCACUCCAGACACCUUCGUUUUCACUCAAAUGUGCCCCUCUCCUUCCCCAAUGUUGAGCCACGCAUAUUUUGGAGCACUGAGACGACUGUAAUACCCAAAUCAACAUUGGGGAAGGAGAAAAUCACACAAGUGUUUCAAGAUUUGUGACGAGUAUUGUAGGUUGAUUUGCAAUUUGCUUUGUUUCCAAGCCCUGAUUAUUCAUGAAUUAGGACAAGGAGACAAAGGAAACUGAGAAUCAACCUAGGUUCAAACAUUUUAACUUGAAUUUUAAUUUUGACCUGUAACAUUUCCACCAACUUCUAUGGGCAUGGCUCACUGCCACUUUCAUAGGAAAUCUAAGAUUAAUAGAACCAAAAGAACCUCCAAGCUUUGCAAGUCCCCAGCUACUGAUUGCAUAGACUGUAAAUCCUCUAUAAGCCUCCCUUGGGCUUAUUUCAAGCACAUUUUAAGAAGGGUUUGGGGGGGGGGAGGACUUAUUUAGGUCAGCAAAGAUGAUAGUAUCAGUUUUUCAUAAAUAACUACAACUGUAGAAUGCCAUGGCUGUCACUAAGAUUUCAAGUUGUCAGGUAAAUUCAACAGGUAGGCGGGGAAUCAAACAGCUAGAUAUUUCUUUUGAUUCUAUUUUUCUUCUAUUUUCCUACGAAAGGAGCCGCGGGGAGGUUGUAAAUAAUAAUAAGGGGGAGGGGGCUUAUUUAACUUUCUGUCCCUGAAAAGGGGGACAUGCAUUUUGUGAGGGGGGUUGGUGGAGGUUAAAUAGAAGCUAUUCUGUACGCGGGGCAACUUGGAGGUUUAGUGAAAGCCCUGAAUAUGAUAGGUAACCUGUAUUGUAAUUUUACAAAGACAAUCUUUUUCUUAGAUGAGUACUGGCUGGAUUGCGAAGACCCAGAAAAUGAAAGAAGGCCUGAGGUAAAUUAUUGAGGAACACUUAUUUGAAUAGAAAAUACCAAAUAUAAUCACCAAAUGUGUGCUUUUCAUACAUCUAUUUAUAAUUCUGUACAUUCAUUUGCAUUCAUCAAUACUUAAUUAUUAUUUUUCCUGAGAAAUGUUUAUUGUGUGACACAAAUUUUUCCUGAAGGCUUUCAUCUACCUUGCAGGUUCACUUGAUUAAAGAAAAAAUACAUUAUUUCAAAUGAGAGUUGUGUUUGAAAAUUUUUUUGUCAUGCAUGUUUCUUUGUACAAGAAUCAUUAUUUUGUGUAAAGAGUAUGUGACAGUUUUUCUCUUCUUUUCAGAAUGCUUUUGUCGGGCUGAGAAACCUUGGAGCUACUUGCUACGUAAAUACUCUUCUACAGGUUACUUGCAAGCUUUUAUACAUGUGUAUGAUUUGAAAUUUCAUGAUAUUGAUGAUGAUGAUGAUUCUUAAUGAAGUCCAAAUGAGAUUAGGAUUGCAGGGGGCCAGUUCCAAUAAACUGAAACUGUAGGAAAAUGAAAAUACAAAUUAAUGAUAUAUUGUACAUAACUUGUUUUGAAAUUAUUAAAACACAAGUGAAAAAAGAAGGCACUAAGGUGGAGGAUUACAGAAAAACAGCUCAUGCUCAUUUGCAUAUCAUUAGAAUGAUGACAAAAGACUAACAAAACAGCACAUUUUGUUAUAAAUGUGUGCCUUGUUCUUUUAAGUAUUAAAUUAUAUUAUUAUAAAGAUUUUCUUGUAAAAAACAGAUUUGAAAGAUUGCAAGGUGAUUUAAUUCUAUUUUAUUUCCAUGCACCGAUGUCUUUGACUUCAAACAAUUAUUAUUUGUUUUGUUAUUUUUUUAAAAAUUAUUUCUUUUAUGAUGUUUUGGGCACAUGUGUAUUUUUAGGUCUGGUUUCACAAUCCAACAUUUCGCUCAGCCAUGUACAAAUAUGUUUCUCCUGAAACUCCUGGGAAUGAUUUAAAAGAAGAAAGCACCCAGGGUAGGUAUUGUCUUAUCAAUAUUCUACAAAUCUUACACGUAAAAGGUUAACAAGGGUUCUUGAUUAUUUUGAAUUGUGCAAAACUUGAAGUAAAAUUAAUGUUCAUACAAAUUCCAGCAUUCAAUUAUAUUGAAACAAAUUUUAAUGUUAUUGCUAAGUGUUUGGGUUUGAGGGAGGGCUGUUAGUAAGUCGCGGGGGGACUCCCAUAUGAAAGGGGUGGGGAUGCUCAUCUUCUGGCUUAGGGGUGUAACUUUCAGAUUUUUGUUUCACUGAGGGUGUUCUGGGCAAAAUGCAAUUAUAUUUAGCCGUAAAGGUCUCUUUAAGGGUUGCACAGGAAGUAAUAUAAAAACCUUAACCCUUUAAGCCCUAAGAGUGAUCAGCAUCAAAUUUCUCCUUGUAAUAGCGGAGCUCCACCCGCGCGCGAAGCGCGCGCGUGUGGACGGAGCUCCAUAGCUAAGGAAAUGUGGUAAUCUACCCAUCCGAGAAAAUUUGGUAAUCACGUGACCGUACGCCCGACCGUCCGUCCGCACCACAGGGAAACCAAUGGUCUCUCUUCCACUUUCUAGCUAGUUUGGGAGCCCAAUAGAAAACUAAUUGCACAUCAAUGUUGUGAUCAAUUGACAGCUGUCAAAACAGGAUAUCCGCUGACCAGUGUCACCUGACCGUACCGCGGGCUCAAGUGUCGACCCAUCGAGGUCGAGUACUUUUUUGAAGUUAUCCGCUGACAAAUUACCAGUUUCAAAUGAUCGCAGGCUCAAGUCUAUUUUUUCCAAUGAUUCAUAUGAAAUAUUUAACAAUUAGUUCAUGCGUCAGCGUGCGUAUGUCGAGAUAUUGAGCACGCGGGAGGUUUGGAGAGCACGAAAGAGGCGUAAGAGUUGCACGAGGCGCAGCCGAGUGCAACUCUAGACUCUUGAGUGCUCUCCAAACUUCCCAAGUGCUCAAUAUCUCGACAUACGCACAGCUGCAGCAUGAACUAAUUGUUUUAUAACAUUAUCAAAGCGAUCAAUGCAGCAGUUAACUUAAAAUUUUAUUAUUGUAGGGCGCGCUCAAAGCAGUACGCGUCAAUGUUUACGUGACUAUAUUUUUUUUUCCUCACAGUUAAUCUUAUGUUUUUAUCCUGAAACUGAGAGAAAGUGUACUCUAAAAUGAUUGUAAAAUCCAUAUUUAGGUGCCGGAAAACUAUUAAUUUACCGAAAAAUUGUUAUUGAUAGAAAACAACUUUGCAAUGAAAGAUCUCAAGCGAUAGCCCGCACAGCUCGCCGAGAUGACAACAACAACAACAACACUCACCUCUUUUCCUUACUAUCGAUUAACAAAUUCAAACGUUUCCUCUUAAAUUUCCUUAUCAAACACAUGGUAAACGCUUCAUUGUCUAUUGCUGAGUUAUGGAUGCACUCAGAAGACUCAGGAUUGCUAAGCUCACAACAACUCGAGGAAUUACGAAUAGUUUAUUGACGUCAUCAGCGUGCUCAAUAGGAAUAUGAAGCACGCUCGCGCUAUUGAAUUUGAUUAGGCGAAUUUUCUAGCUAUGUUAUAACUUGUGUUGAUGUCACUAUGGCCCUGCACUGUCAAGAUUUUGAUUUCAAACUGACCUCGGACGCAAAAAUUCAGCCACUUUUUUAAAAAUAAAGGCGGGGAAGACCUUUUCUUACCAUGGUCACGCGUUGGUCACGCUCUACGUCCAAUUUUUGUACUCUGAUUGGUCAAAAUUUGACAGGUGAGUUCAUGGGGUUGAGUUCAUGCGGAAAAUUUAUGCAGCAUCUUGAAAGUUGUUUACUUUGACAUCUAAAGCUGACAGGGUUUUGUAUCAACUUGUGAUGUUUUUAACUGUCUUUUUCCACUGGAUGUACAAAAUGAAAUACAGCUGCUACCAAGAGUCUUCUGUUAUCCAUGGCUGGUUUGUUUAUUGGGUUUUUGGUUGAGAAAUGCGUCGCUUGUCAAAAUUGGGUAAUCCGAUUUCGGAUGGCAUCGUUUUCGUCUUUCACCUUGCUCAAUGCGUAAGAGGAUUUAAAAGUCUCAAGCAACUAUGGCCUUCCUUGAUAUCUUUCAGGAACUGAAUCUCGAAUGGUAAGCCUGAGUAAUUAUUGUAUUUGAUGUUUAUUUUUGUUAUAUCUAAUUUCAUGAAGUCGAGCACAGUUUAUGCGGCAAGUUUGUGCACGUUUGUUAAGAUUUGAGUCAAUGAUCUGAUCUAGUAUCAGGUUUGAUAGAAGCUUACAGAACUUUAAAAGGCCUUCAGAUUUUUUUUUUUCACGGCAAAUAGAAAAAAAACGUUCCGAAGAAUAUUUAGUUAUAAAUUUGGCUGUAGAAAGAAAACUUUGAGUGAUUUUCUUGCUUCGAGGAGUUCAUCUUUGAAAAAAAAACAAACACCGGGAGGCCGGCUGAAAGUAAAACAAAAAUAAACUUAACCUUAAGCUUUGAGCUUAAAGACUCAGGAUUUUUAGAGACACUUUAAUACUUGUCUUCGUGAAUGAAAAUUGUUGUCUCUGUAAAUGCUUUACCGAAUUAUAUUUCUUUUAUUGAUUGUUAGUAGUCUCUCUUGCAAUUUUAAUCGCUUGUCCGUGGUGUUUGUUUUCAUCGUUCAUGAACAUCGCUUGCAGGAGUACUUAAUGUCGCGCGUAUCAAACGUUUUAUAAGAUCACACAUCGUUAUAACUGGAACCAUUAAAUAACAAAAAGUAAUAAUAAUAAAUUCGUUAUUAUGUUGAAGCGUAUCUCCAUUAAAGUUCAUUCAAACACUCAACCACACUGACAGCUCGCACUAAAAAUGAGAACCGGCUGGCCGUAUGGGUGAUUUUGGAAAUUUUUUGAACGGUUUCGCUAAAAGCCCACGAUUGAUCGUCCUGGACAUUGAAAAAUUGUGAAAUGCCGUAUUCUGUCCGAGGUCUGUAUGAUAAAAAGUACUGUUUCACCUCAGAUGUGAUGUAUAAAAAGUAUAAAAGGUUGGUUUACACACUCUCAGAUUUGUUGGCAAGGAUUUGUAAAGUAAACCUGUCGAACGCAAAAAAAUACGGCUUGAUUUGUUUUCCAAGAAUUUGUUUUCGAGGCCUAAUCUACAGUGAUCAAGAGCCAUUAUGGCUCUUGAAUGUGAUAGAAGAUGUUUGCUAUUUUUUGGGUGUACAUAUAUUUAGGCUAUGAACUCGAUGUAAGAUGUUUCACUCUAAAAUAACCUAUCCUUUCCCUCAAAAGUCACAUGAAUGUGCUCUUAAGUUAACUGAUUUGUGGAUUAAAAGUUUAUUGUUUGAUUUAAAAUAUAAAUUUAUUAAUGGGAGCUUCGCUUUUAGCCCUGGCUAAAUCUAUAUAUUAUCAAUGCUUUGUAAAACAGAGUGGUCAUGAGAAUUACGGACAUGAUUAUGUAAGAUGAAUUUGCUUGAUAUUUUAUCAACUUCUCCCCACUACUUCUGUGGGAAAUGAAUAGGGGCAACAAAUGAGAAUUCAAAUUUUGAUCUUAGGGUUUAAAUGGUUAAUAGGUUGGGCCAUGCCCAGAUUGGUCUCCUUUAGGGGUUUGAUUAAAAAAUUUUAGACGAGCAUUCCCACCCCUUUGAUAUUGGAGUCCCCCCUCCGGGGGAUAUAUCCUGGAGCUUCUAAAGGGAUGUCACUAAUCGCCAGCUUCCGGCUAAUCUCAUUGGCUCAAAAAGUCCUUACCACCACCUCAAAUUGCUCCGAAGAUAAAAGACAUUGGGAAAUUUUGAAGGUGCAAUACAAAAGCCUGUAUAGCUUUUCCUUAGCUACAUCCCUGCAGAGUAACAGAAAAAUUUUCCUGUCUACUUGUCCUUCGGACAAGCACUCUAUUAAAUUUGGUUGUCUGAAACCCAAGAGUUCUUGUCCAAAAAGUUUAGCUCAAAACUCAAAAACAAUCAGGCAGUUAAGUAAAUUAAUGUUAUUGUUUUUGAGUUAAACCUAAAAUGGAGCUCGUAAAAACAAAUGAAAUGACCGUGGAAUGGCAAAGUUGUAAAAGGAAUAUUUAACCUUAUUUUGUUAAAUGUGAGGUUUGCUUUUAUGACUUUUAAGGUGAAUUUUAAUUCUACUGUCAUUUGAAGACAAUUUUCAACUGUUUCUUUAUUUUUUCUAAUAAAAAAUGUGCUUGUCUUACGGGGGUUUACAAGGUUUACAUGUUGGCACUAAAUAAUUUAUUUCUACCUGUCCCAGACAAUUGGACAUUGGUUUUGCCACACCCUGUCCCUCCAUCUAUGAGCACACCGUAAAAUUCCGAAAAUAAGCCCCGGGGCUUAUAUUUUUCAAAGGCCCUUUUUGAGGGGCUCAUUUUUGGAGGGGAUUAUCUACGAAGGGAAAUUUGCAUUUUAAAAUCAAAUGGGCAAGGGUUAUAGUUGGAAGUGCAGUUACAGUUUUUGCUUUGUUUUACUUUGUAUUUGAGAGCAAUUUUCCAAGUACAAGCCCCUGCGGGCUUAUAUUUGGAAGGGCAAUUUAAUGGAGGGUUUUUUCUGUUACCUGUUUCUGGGGCUUAUAUUUGGAGGGGCUUAUACAUGGAGGGGCUUAUUUUCAGAAUUUUACAGUAUUACCCCUGGCUUCUUUCAUACAAAAUGAAAUUCCCUGCCUACCAAGUCAAUAAAUAAUACAUGUCAAAUACAAGUCUUGGUGACAGCUGGCCCUGUGGAGAGGUACAGUACUUUGAAUAAGGCCCUUAUACAUGUAGACUUCAAAAGUAGGGCUUAAUUUGAGAUGAGAGAUAAGACUAUUCUUUCAACUUUAGAUCUACAGCCCACAGGCACUUCAGAUUUCCCCACACUGACCAACCACUCAAGUGAAAAUGGAGAAACCUCAGAUGACACCUCUUGUUCUGCUAAAGCUUUAAAACACUCAGCAGCUGUAAAAAAGGUUCCACUGCUUCCUUCUACCACUAUACUCAACUCAAAUGAGGCACCAACUACUGUCUGUGGACACCUUCAGCUGUUGUUUGCACAGUUGCAGUACAGUUUUCGA